AUGGGUAAGAGUCUUGAUGAUUUCGAUCUUCCAAUGGUUGAUGCAAAUUCAAAUUUUCAAUCUGGAGAAUUUCGUGAGGUACAAGAGGAAUGCUCUAUAGUUGUGGAAGAUGAACACUUGCGUGCCCGAGACUCUUUGAAUUCCGACCAGAAAUAUGUAUAUGAUGAGAUCAUGAGGCACGUAAACGAGGAUUGUCCAGGAGUGUUCUUUAUAAAUGGUCCGGGUGGAACCGGGAAGACUUUUUUGUACAAAGCUUUGCUUGCCAACAUCCAUUCACGUGGUUUUAUUGCUCUCGCAACCGCUUCAUCGGGUGUUGCUGCCAAUAAUAUGCCUGGAGGGAGAACAACUCACUCUAGAUUCAAAAUUCCUCUGAACCUUGAUAAUAACUGGAUGUGCAACAUAAGAAAACAGAGUGGGGCUGCUAAAUUGAUUCAAGAUGCAAAAAUAAUCAUCUGGGACGAAGCGUCGAUGGCAAAGAGGCAGGCGGUGGAGGCGCUCGAUCGAACAAUGCGAGACAUCAUAGGGGUGGCACUCCCAUUCGGCGAAAAGAUAAUGGUUUUGGGGGGUGAUUUUAGACAAGUAUUACCGGUCGUGAGGCGUGGAACCCGAGCACAGAUUGUARAUUCUAGCUUGCGGAUGUCACCUCUUUGGGCAACGAUUAAAAAGAUACGGCUAACGCUCAAUAUGAGAGCACACACUGAUCCAUGGUUUUCGGAAUUUUUACUAAGAGUCGGUGAUGGAGAUGAAGAAGCGGUGGACGAAAGAUUUAUUCGCAUACCGGAUGACAUGACCAUUCCCUAUGCUGAUAAAGGUAAGUCAAAAGAUGCGCUGAUUGAUGCGAUCUUUCCAUCUCUGCAAAUCAACGGGGCUAAUUCAGAUUAUAUCAUUUCAAGGGCGAUAUUGUCAACUAAAAACGAGAAUGUCGACGAGAUUAAUGAUCAGUUGAUCGACAAGUUUUCUAGAGAUGAAAAAAUAUAUUACAGCUUCGACGAAGCAGAAGAUGAUAAGAACAACAUCUAUCCGAUGGAGUUCUUAAAUUCUUUAACUGUUAGUGGUUUGCCUCCUCAUUACCUUCGUCUCAAGAUCGGAUGCCCAAUAAUACUGUUACGAAAUAUCGAUCCCUCGAAUGGAUUGUUUGUCGAUGAGUCAUCUCCAGCUGUCUUAAGGUAG